AUGUCUUCCCUGCCUGAGCACCCCAAGCCCUUCCCCCGUGGCAGCGCUGAGGAGAUCCCUGGCUACCCCUCUGCCAGGGCUCGUUAUGUGCCUGCGACUGUUUUUGGCGUGGAGACGAGCUCCUUUGACUACAAUUCGCCUCUGCCGACCGCUAACCCGGACCUGACGGUCUGGGUGCUCAUGCAUGCCAUCAAUGGCUGCUCGAGCAAGGUCAUCAAGCGUCUCAGUGAGGGUCGCCCUAUCCGCCAGCUGGAGCUGCGCACCAAGGUUGACAGCCGGUCACUCAAGCCGAUUCCCUACAACAUCAAUCUGAGAAACAGCCAGAACUGCGAUGCCAUGAUCAGGCACCUGUACGGCGAAGAGCUGGACGAGGAGGACCAGUGCGCCAAGUGCAAGGACUCCAAGGGAGCCCUGAUCGGCUGCGUUGUCUGCCCCGACAUUGUCCCCAACUGCGCCAACUGUGAUUGGAACCGCUCGGGAGGGCAAUGCUCCCUGGGCGGCGGCGUCAGUGCGAGGCGCCGUGCCAAGCGCAGGCCCGCUCCUGAGUCGGAGAGCGAGGCCCAAGAGGAAGAGGACACCAACAGCCUCUGGGAGGUGUUCAAUGACAUGGAUCCUGCCACCCUGACCAGACUCUCGGUUGUCUUGUCCGAGGCUGCCAAGCGCACUGGUCACACCCGUCGCUAA